CAAUGGGAGCGCCUCUUCUCCUCGGCCCUCUCCAUAGAGACGCAGGGAAGCCAUCUUGGACUGAGCGGCGUCUGGCUCGUACACUCUCGCUGAGGAUGAGUGGCUCCAAGCCUAGAACCGAGCUUCCCCCAACCCCGGACCCCGGGCCAGACUCGGACCCCGGUCCCGCCGCCCCUCCAGCCGCCAGGGACCGCAAGGCGGGCGGCGGGGUGUUGAAGCGGCUGAAGUCCCGGCGCACUCAGGCGGAUCGGCGGCCGGUGACGGAGGAGGAGCUGCGGGCGCUGGGGCGAGAUAUCACCCCGGAGGACGUGCUGGGGCUCCGGGCUGUCACCCGCGAUUACCUCUGCCAGCCUGAAGACAACAUCUACAGCAUCGACUUCACGCGCUUCAAGAUCAGAGACCUGGAGACGGGCACCGUGCUCUUCGAGAUCGCCAAGCCCCCCAAUGCCGACCCCGACGAUGACGAUGAUGAGGAAGAGAACGGCGACGUGGACUCCAGCGCUGGCCGAUUUGUGCGGUACCAGUUCACCCCAGCUUUCCUGAGGCUUUGCACCGUUGGUGCCACCGUGGAGUUCACGGUGGGCGACAGGCCGGUCAACAGUUUCCGGAUGAUCGAGAGGCACUACUUCCGGGACCGGCUGCUCAAGAACUUUGAUUUUGACUUCGGCUUCUGCAUCCCCAACAGCCGCAACACCUGCGAGCACAUCUACGAGUUUCCACAGCUGCCCGAGGAGCUCAGUGAGUGUUGCCCUGUCUGCAGCCCCCUCAGACCCUCUGUCCCAACUCCCUCUGAAUAUCAGCUGGAGCAGAGGGUCAGGGGGGAGGCCCUGUAG